GUUUGGUUGACAUGGCCGACAACUCCAGCGCGACAGGGGGGAUCGAUUCCUUCGGUAACCCCCCGCCCACCCCACCACCCCUCCGUCGCAAUACCAGCUGCAUUGCUUUGCCGCAAUAUGCUACUGUGAUGCCCGUCCCAGCCGCGGGGCUUCGUUUUGACACCAUGAUCGACUCGGCGUCCCCGACCCAGUUCGCUACAGUGGGCACCGGCAAGACUGUGGACAAGGCGCAGUCGCGCAUUCCAUCACCCACUCGACGAAAAGCCCCUGCGCCACUUCACAUGGAUUCUCCUCCAAAGUUGACCGAUGCCGUUGCAACGUCCAUCAGGCGGCCUCUCCUGCGAAGCGCCUCCACGAUCGAUGUGUUCCAGCGCAAAAGCCCGCCUAAAUUCCACGACAAAGAAAGCGAUUCAGGGAGCAGCGACGGCGGCAGUCGCCGGGCGACCAUGACGACGGCAUCUUCGCCAUCCAGCAAACUCCGGUUUCCUCUUCGCAAAAAGGACUCACCUGGCAAAGUGGCCAAGUCGCCAUCGUCGAUUGGGGCCCCACCAACUCCCCAGCAAACAUCGCCGGAGAAAGCGGACAAUUCCACGAGCCAGAACGCAUCCGACACGGUCAUCCAACUGACGUCGCGGGUGACCGCAUUGCUCGGCGAGAUAGAACAAAUGGAGCUCGAAAACAGCGACUUGAUGUGGAAGUGUACGCAGAUCGAAGGCAAACUCCACCACGAGCAGCAACUGCGCGCAAGUGCUGAGAAAGACCACGAAGCAGCGGUGGCAACGUUGACGCAGCAAUUACAUGCCCAGACGGCGGCAGCGCAAAUGUGGCAAGCAAAGUUUGUCGAGGCCGUCAACGCAUCCACCUCGAACGCGAUCACGAUGGCCGAAUUCGAAGAAAAGGAAGCGGAAAUCGCACGGUUGUGGCAAUGUGUCGACACGAUGGCGGGCCAAGUCGAGGGCAUUGCAACUCUGUCGACUGCGCGCGCCACGACUCAAGACUGCACAGUCGAGUACAUGCACAGACUCUUGGAAGGCAAGUCGCUCGAGGUUGACACCCUGCGCAACGCGUUGUACGAUACGGUGACGCUGUGUUUUCUGCACGAACUGGCCCAGGGCCACGAUUCCCGUGUCUUGCACACGUUCAUGGCGAGUCUGGGCAGUGAUGGGGCAGCUUUUGAGUGGCUCAAAGCUCGCUUUUGCAGCAAAAUCAUCGACGACGGACCGUUCUCUAAGCUCGAAAAUUGCGUUGGCACGAUCGUGGUGCAGGCUGGAACGAGCCACGUCUUGGCCGGAAUUGUCGACGACGACAUGGAUGCCGGCCUCAUCCUCCCGGCAUUGGAUUUCUCGGUCGUCAAAACCGCCUCGUCCAUCGAAUGCUGCCUUGAAUGCGUUCAACAAUCAAAUGGAGUGCACACGAUAGCGUUGGGGGGCUAUCUCACGCGAAGGCGAUCGCUCGUGGAAGCGUCGACGCGCAAGAGUUUGUUUUCCAUCGUGUUUGAUGCUUUGAACGUCCGUCCGGCAAAGUACAAGGUCGUGGCAGUGGUCAAGCCGCUUUGGAGUCUGAAGGACAAGAGCAAGCUGACGAGUAUGCUUCUGCAAGACUUUGGGGUCGCCGCGUUGAUGCUGACUACGACUGCUGAAAUGGCCCUGCGCAAUGCAGGGCUCACGACUGGCGUUGUCGUCGACAUUGGCGUCGACGGCACGUUUGUCGUUCCGAUCUACGACUCGACCAUUAUGACCCACGCCGUCGUCCAGGUUCAUGUGGGUGGGCGCCACGUACUCGAACAUACCGCGGCGCUCUUCCGUGUGUCGUCGCCACAGUUUGCCGCGCUGGCCCCCGACAUGCAAAUGCAACUGGUGCUCGCUAUUUUGCAAAGCAAAGGGCAUGUGGGGUACGGUCCAGCCAAACCUGGCGGUGGACAGCACGACGAACAUCCCCCGAUUGCAUUUGAGAUUCAAAAAGAAGUGGGAGCGUCGUGGAUACUGGCUGCCGACACCGAGCUCUUCCUUGGCCCUGAAGUUCUCUUUCAUCCGUCGUUGCAUUUGCAUGGGUCGACGUGGGAAGGACUCCACGAUGCGCUGCUUCGAAGUGUCGACUUGUGCGACCCCAUCGUACGUGACGAGUUGCUUGGAGGUGUCGUGCUGUCUGGCCGGGUGUCGAAGCUGCCCGGACUAAAGCGACGCCUCGUGAAAGAAGUCGUCGUCAGUCGGCACGAAUUGUUGGGAAAGAUCCAUGUCCACACCCCAGACCACGCCGAGUACCAGGCGUACUGGGGCGCGUGCACGCUAGCCAAGUACGCGUCCGACGACCAGUGGCAACUGGAGUAGUGUAUGCCGUGCAUGCCGUGAGGCGGGUGGUGUCGACAGAAUCUCACUCGAACGACCAAGUGUCCUUCCCAAAGACUAGAAACAAAAGGCUGCACGUAAUAUCGUGCGUCGUUCAAUAAGUCGGGAUGACCAUGACGUCGAAUCGAUCUUCGACGCGUAUGCUUUGCUCACCAAGCGC